GUAAAACAUAACCUGUCUUCCUAGUGGGAAUUUUGAAGGUUUAAGUUUUUAAAAUGGAAAUUAAACCGACUCGUAAAACAUGGGACGAGCUCACAGUUUCUUUGCACAGCGAAGUCAUGAACGGAAUUAAGAGUUUUAAUUUUCCUACCAUGACUCCGGUGCAGGCUGCCACAAUUCCGCAAUUGUUAAACAAGAAAGAUGUUGCUGCAGAGGCAGUCACGGGUUCUGGAAAAACUUUGGCCUUUUUAAUACCCCUACUGGAAAUGCUGAAGAGAAGAGAGGUGGAAGAAAAGUGGAAAAAGUAUCAAAUUGGUGCCAUAGUGAUAUCUCCAACUCGUGAAUUAGCAUUGCAAACCAAAACGGUGCUGGAUCAGAUGCUCGAUCAUAUACAAAAUUUGACAACAAUUCUGUUUGUGGGGGGAAAUAAUGUGGAAGAAGAUGUAAGGACAUUUAACAAGAAUGGUGGAAAUAUUGUUAUAUGUACACCUGGAAGGUUAGAAGACCUACUAUCUAAAAAAGACAUUAACCUUCCAAACUCUGUCAAAUGUUUAGAGCUUCUGAUAUUGGAUGAGGCUGACAGACUGCUUGACCUGGGCUUUCAAAAGUCUUUAGAUACAAUCCUUAGUUACUUGCCAAGGCAAAGAAGAACAGGUUUAUUUUCCGCAACCCAAACAAAAGAAGUGGAAAAUCUCAUACGGGCGGGCUUAAGAAACCCCGUGUUGGUCAGCGUGUCCGCCCGUGACAAACACAGCACCCCCGACAUGCUGAACAACUAUUACGUAUUGGCCCGGAACGAUGGCAAAUUGGCAACCCUGUUAGCUUUUCUGGAAACGAAAAACGUCCACAAGGCGCUACUGUUUUUGCCCACCUGCGCGUGCGUAGAUUAUUGGUCGAAAAUAUUCCCCCGGAUUAUUUUACAAAAACUAAAGUUGCCCAUCAUGGCCAUCCACGGAAAGAUGAAAGAUAAACGGAAGAAGAUUUUGGACAAGUUUAGAGACGCCGAUAAAGGACUGUUGUUGUGCACAGACGUGAUGGCCCGAGGCAUAGACAUACCGGAAGUGGAAUGGGUGUUGCAAUGGGACCCCCCAUCGAAUGCUUCCUCGUUUGUUCACCGCGUGGGGAGGACGGCGAGGCAGGGCAAUCAGGGGUCCGCCCUAAUCAUAUUAUUGGAAAGCGAGGAGUCCUACGUCAAUUUUAUAGAAACGAAUCAGAGGCUCAAGUUAAAUAAGCUGGAAGAUUUUGCCAACGAUGACAGGGUGCGCGCGGUUAGGGAGUCUAUUAGGAAUUUGUUGAAAAGUGACAGGGCCCUCAUGGAAAAAGCGACGCAAGCUUACGUGUCUCACGUCCGGGCCUAUUCCAAACACGAGUGUUCCCUGCUGCUCAGGGUGAAGGAGCUACCAUUGGGAGCUUUAGCUGCCACCUAUAGUUUACUUCAGUUGCCGAAGAUGCCUGAGCUGAAGCAUCGAGACUUAUCCGACUUUCCCGAAACGGACAUUGACGUGGCCAGUAUUCCUUAUCGAGAUAAGAAUAGGGAAGCGACCAGGCAACAAAAAUUAACCCAGUACAAAGCGACCGGUGUCUGGCCCGGGUUUAAACAGAAGUUUGUGAAAAAAGCAACCGAGCCCUGGUGCAAAACUAAACAAAACAAGGAGGCGAGGAAGGAAAAGAAGUUGAAAAGGAAACAAGCGAAAUUGGCCCAAUCUGACGAACAGGGGAAAAAGAGAAAAAGCAAAGCGGGUAUCAGCGCCGAAGACUUGGAAGAGCUGAGGAAAGAUGUGGCAUUACUGAAAAAGCUAAAGAGGAGGAAGAUAACUGACGAGGAGUACGAUAAGGAGAUAGGGUUGGGCUAACUUAGGGUUUUGUGAGAAUAAAACUAGACACCUUUUACAAAUAAAUUCCUUGGAGAACUUUAUUUGCGAAAAAAAAAUAUAUAAAACAACUGUAACAUUUUGAGAAUACUUGUAUUUGAACGAGAUAUGCCCAAGAAAACCAAUUAUGUACAAAAAAACAUGAGCGGCGGGUAUAAAUCGGUAAUUUUUUUUAUAAGCGGAAAAUAUGUUCCAAAAAAAUAACCUAAGGCACCUAGAGUUGACUUAUAUGUAUUGGGCAUCGAUACUGAUCUUGUUUAAUAGGUCUCUUGAGACGUUUUCCGCCAUGCGAGUGGAAAAUCCGUAGAGAAAAGUUUGAAAGGCCAAUUAUUAAAUUAAUUAUUUCUUUCAAAGAAAAUUUUUCCUUUGCGGUUUUUCUGUUACACAACGAAAAACAAAGACAAUACACGCGACACACAAUUUUGCGAAAACGUAUAAAAAAUACCAAACGAUAAAAACGUAAAAUUUCUAACAAAACAAAGUGUAAUUUGAUAACUAUACCAAUUUAUCCGCAAAACGGCCAUUUUAUAAAUAAUACACGCAAAGAAUAACGGCAUGUCGAUUUUUUUUACGGAAAAGUUGGUAAUACGCAGGUAUAAUUUCGAGGUUAAGCGUAUAUGGAUUGUCAAAUGUGGUACCCAGAACGGUACUUACUGCUGAUAAUCAGAUUGCGAACUGACGCAUUUAGGAACUGACUUUGUUAUUGGCAUAAAAAUGAAGAAAAUAGAAAAAAAAAGGAAAAUAUUUUAAAAAAGUUUUUAUAUUUUAUAUUAGUAUAAAGAUGAAGUUAAAUACUAGGCUUAAUUUGAAGAAUUUUUACCAACAUUUAUUUUAAGUUACGCUCACAAUUUUUUAGGGUGGUGAAUAUAACAAAAAUAAAUGUAUAAAUCAUCGUACCCAUGUACACCACAGUUUUCGCAAAUUUAUUAUCCGAUGAUGGUGGCUGCUAAUAACAUGCCCAUUUGGAACUAUUUCGUAAUGUUUACAUGAUACCUUUGACCAGCUGGGUAAGCGACAAUGAAGCAUUAUUCGUGGCUCUGUUAUUAGAUUUUGCAACAGGUGAUUUGUGAAAAAUGUGGAAAACUUUUCAACACUUUACAAUAAAAUCCACUUUUAUCGUGCUUAAAAUGUAAGGUGGAAGCCGAAGCAUUAUUUAAUGCAGAACACGUAAUUUUAAUUGGGUCUACUGCAGGAACCAGCAAAUUGAAAGCACUCCUUAUGAAAGGGUCGAUUAAAUAUUGUAAAUUGCAUUUGUAAAGCUGGAUUGUCGGAAAAUUUUAAAUAUAUUAAUAAAUAUAUAAACAAUAAAUAGUAAAUGUUCACAUGAGUCACAUCCAUCAGCACGCAAUUUGCGUUGUGAUUGGAUUUGAAGCACUUAAACUUUUCCUUCAAUAUUGAACACUCAGAUGAAUCCACAAUAGCCACUGAAUCGCGGACUAUUCCAAACGAAAUACUUUCUAAGCAGCAUCAACAUAGAAACAGCUUAAUAUUUUUUCGGCUAGAGGUCUCAUUACAUUGUAAUUAAAUACAGUAAUGGUCGCGUUCAGCAACUACAACGUUGGACAAACGUUUGAUAUUACUUGUCUGAACGUUUCCGCCUGCUUGGAACUUUCACUAUUUAAUAAUUAUAUUAUAUAGUUACCUAAAUUAAAUUAUUAUACAAAAAAUAUUACUAAUGGGCCAUGAGAAAAAAAACAACGCCAUCAUAAGCCAGGCAUAAAAUCGCCGCAGAAACAUUUCGUUUUAACUUUAUCAAAAUUCCCGCGUUUGUUUUUCCUUAUCGAUUCCGAAUCAUAAG